AUGUCAUCGCCGUCGGAUGAGACAAUAGCGGGACCGCCAUCGUCUCCGACAACCGAAGAUGCCGGAACGCAGGCUCGGAAAGCCUCGGCCGCCCUGACGUCGAAAGUAAUGCUGGAAGAGUUAGAACGUCAGUACAUGCAGAUUAAAGGUGAACGCGAUGAUUUGCAGCAAGAGUUAACCGCGGCGGAGGAAAAGUUCAAGACGCUCAACGAGUCGUUGACUUCCAACCAAGCACUCGAGGUGGAGAAUGCCGCGCGGCAACACGAAUUGCGUGUGGCGCAAGAACGCGUAAAAGCAUUGGAAGAAGAACAAACAGCUACGAAAGAGCGCACCGAUCGGGCUCAAGCCGAAUCGGAUCGUCUCCGAGAAGAAAUCGCUCGUUUGGCCGGAUCGAACAGGGAACUUUCCGAGAAUAUUGCAACGUUUGAAGUCCAGAGCAAGCUCAGUGAGUCCCAGGCAAUUCCCCUAUUUCACGAAAAGCAGCGUCUCCAGACGGAACUUGACAGCUUGCAAGCCCACGCCAAUUGGCUGGAACAAGAGCUAACGGCCAAGUCACAGGAUUACCAAAAGCUGCAGCGAGAGUCACGUGAUCGUUCUAUUCAACUUCAGCUUCAACUGGACCAAACAAUUAACGAAAAAGAAGCUUUCGAAGCCCGUUUGGAUGAAUUGCACAAAAUGGAGCGGCGUUUGCAGGACAAAGUCGAGGAGCUUUCCCACGACUUGUUGACGGGGAAGCAAGCCAUGACGGAUCUACAGGAAUCUACAGAGAUCGAAAUUCGAGAGGAACGGCGUCUUGUACAGCUCCAAAAGACUCAUUUGGAUCGCUGGGAACAUCGAUACAAUGACGUCGUCCGUGAAAACGAGAGCCUCAAAAAGGCUGCCACGGAAGCCAUGGAGACAUCGCGUUCAGAACUUCUCCAGACCAGCGAAGCACUGGAAAACAAGUACAAAGAUUUGCUGAGAGAGCAAGCGGCCGAGUACGAAGAAAAGCUUAAGUCGAACCGUUUGGAAGCCGGUCCAGUUCGCCUGGCUCUGCCUGCACCCCCGGCUGCUGUGGCGACCGACUACGAAGAUGAUGUUCCACUCAAUCUUACCGACUUAUACACACGUUUAGAAGAGACCAAGGCUACCCUGCGUCGCGAAACAGCUCGGGCCGAUCGUGCCGAGCUCUUGAAUGAGCGCAUUCAGAAGGACAUUGCUGCUAAGGCACCUUUGUUGAACCGGCAACGGGAAGAAUACGACUUUGCCCUGGACCAAAUUCAGAAUUAUCAGCGCCGCUUGGAACAAGCUUUAAAUGAAGUUGAUAAUGCACGCGAAGAUAGUAAAGAGACGCGCCGGGACGCAAAUCGGCUACAGAAACUGUUGUCGGAGAGGACUUCCGAGUCCAAGGAGUUGGCAAAACAAGUUCAGGCACUAUUGGUAACUCGGGCAGGCGGGCAGGUGGGAGAAGAAAUUCCGACUUCGAUUGUCGAGAUUCAGAAUCAAAACCAGCGAUUACUCGCGGAGCACCGUCGACUAACUGAAACAGUCAGAGAGCUGGAAAGCAAGCUUGAGUCGGAUACUCUGAAGGCAAAACUGGAUGCAGUGGAAGCGGAGCUAGCGGAUUUGCGCGAAGACCGUCAACGUCAAGAGACUGCCGUGGAGCGUAUAGUUCAACAGAGAGAUUUGUAUCGAGCUAUUUUGAGCAAACAGGAUGCAAACGUGCUUGGCUCAGAGUCCGAGCAGCUUUCGGCGAUGGAGAUUGCCAAACAGCAGUCGGAGCGAUACAAGGCUUUGGAUCAGAAAAGCAAGACCUUGGCAUCUGAUCUGGCUGCUGCCAGGGGUGAAAUCGAUCGCAUGGGCCGCGAGAGAGAAUCUAUGGUUGAGCGGUUGGCCCGUUACGAAGCCCAUUCCGCCGAAAUGAAAGCCGCAGUUGACACAUUGGAACGCGAGCUGUUGAGUGCGCGUGGUGACGCAGCACGAAGCAAUUCCGAGUCACUCUAUCACAGAGAGAGAGCUGAGCGUGUGGAGGAGUCGCUGCAGCGUGCGCGCGAUGAAAUCUCGAUGAUUGGAAGUUCGAAAGCUGAACUUCAACGCAUCAACACUGAUCUACAGCAGAGAGUUGAUAUUGUUCGCUCUGAAAGUUCUCGAGUUGCCACGGAAGUACGACAGGCUGAGAUGAAGGCUCGGUUAGCGGAGACACAAGUAGAGACGGCAAAAGCAAGUGAAUCGCGAAUGGCGGAAGAGGUCAACCAGCUACGUGGGGAAGUUUCAAGGCAAGGAUCCAUAAUAGAGUCAAUCAGAAGAAUCGAAGCUUCUCUUUCUGCAAAGAGUGGUAGCGAACGAGAGGUUCUCAAGUCUGAAUUGGAGAAACUUUCUCAGGUCCACAAGUCGGAGCAAACAAGCUUUAAUACGAAGAUCGAAAAUCUCAACGCACGAAUUCAAGAGAUGGACUCGCGUGUUGUUGCAGCUAAUGAUUCAAAGGACAAGUUUCAAUCAGAGUUAUCUAGCGUAAAGGAUGAGCUGAAUGCUGUCACAGCGGAGAGGCAAGAGCUCAAUUUGAAGGCACGCCGUCUGGAAGCUCAACUUCGUGCCGCAAAGAAGAAGCUUGGGGAAGGAGAUGACCUAGACGACGUUGAGGUAGCUCUACAAGCCCGCAUUGAACAUCUCACCAACCAACUGGAGGAGACAAAGAGUGAACUCGCCAAUUCAAAGAAACAGGCUGACACAUACCAGCUAAUAUCGAAGAAUGCGGAGUCGGCUCUCGCCGAAUUGAGUCAAGCUACGGAGACUAUGAAGGCUACGAACGAGUCAGAAGUGUUGGAACUCAACGGAAGACUAGAAAAACUCCAAAAGGAAAACGCAUCAAAACAAGAGAUUGUUCUCGAUUUGACCAAGGAUUUGUUGAGUCAGAGGGGGGAACAAGAGAAGGUCGAAUCUAUAUUGAAAUCUGAAAUUGAGAGUCUGAAAAGUGAGAUGAAGACAAGGGAACAGGAUUCUGAGUCUUCAGCAGCUGGGACGGCCGCUUUGAAACUCGACUUAGAUGCUAUGCGCACCGAGGUUGCCACGGCCCAAGGCAACUACGAGCGAGAGCUCCAACUGCAUUCGCAGGCACGCACUGCUUUGCGUGAAGCACGAGAGCAGGCUCAGGAGGAGACACGACUACGACAUAUUGCUGAGGAAAAAACGGACGCUUCUGCGAGGGAGUUCGAUCAGCAGAAGAACGUUUGGGAACAGGAAAAGUUAUCUGCGAAUGAAAAUGCAAAGAUGAUAGAAGAAAGUCUAAAGGAAGCCCGUGAGCAAAAUAGAGUCCUUCACAUGCAACUAGAGAGUUUGGGUGCAAUGGUAGAAGAGAGUCAAAUGUCACGUGCUGUGGCUGCCAGCGAGAUCCCAGAGCCCGGAAACUCAUCGGAGCAAAUGAAUUUGCAGAAAAUGUUGUCAGAGCUGCGAGAAAUUCUCAAGUUUGUAAGGUCAGAGAACGAAAUUCUUCAGACUCAACUCGACACGGCAAAACGGGCUGCUGAUCGGGAACGAACGACUUUUCAGGUUGUCAAACGCAGCUUGGACGAGGCAAGAGCUGAACUUAAAUCGCUUCAAAAUCAAGACAUCAUGGAUAAAGACCUCCCUGGCAAUAAUUCAGCCGAGCAGCUGAGGGAUGCGGUGGAACAACUUACUUUGUUAAGGGAUAGCAAUAAGCUUUUGCGAGAUGAUGCAGAUAAGCUGCAGUCUAAUUUGACCGCAACACAGAAUGAUCUCAACGCGUUGAAGUCAUCAAGGAAGCCUGCUGAGAAAGUUCAACGCGAGCUCGAAGCCCGCAUUGCGUCAGCUGAAGCCGAGAAAGAGAGUUUGAAUCGCGACUUAGCUGCAUGGAAGUCAAGAGUUGAAAGUCUCCUUUCCAAAUUCAAUCAGAUUGAUCCGGAAGAGUAUGAGAAGGUUCUAAGACAAGUCGAAGAAUUGACGAAGGAGAAGGAGUCUCUGACUGCAUGGAAGAAGACAACAGAAGCGGAAAACACACGAAUCAGAGAGAUAUGCCGUAAUCUCAAGAAGCAUAUCAGCGAAUUGAAGAAAACGAUAGAGGAACAGAAAAAAGAUAUAGAUAAGCUCACGACGGAAAAGGCUACCCUCACAACCAAGUCUACAGAAGGAACUUCAGCUGCGAAGGAGCGAGAUGAGCUUAAGGGAAAACUGUCCCAGGCCGAGAAAGACACAGCUUCCACGAAGACGGAGUUGGAUGGCGCAAACCAUCAAAAUGAGAUCUUGAGAGAGAGGAUGCGCCAAAUGGUAAAGACGAGCAAUGAGCUGCGGAAGAAAGAGAGGGAGCUGGUAGGACAGCUCGCCGAAGCAAAAUCUGCAACCCAAACAGACUCCAUUCAAGACAAAUUAGGGAAACCGUCUGAAAAUGCUUCGGAAAAACGUACGUUGGCGUCUUCGAAGAUAGGCAUUUCGACGCCUACCUUCUCUGCAACAACACCAGAGUCGACUCAGAGGACCGCAGGUUUGGUGGAUGUAAGAGCACCUCAGAUUCUUCCGACUAUUCCGACUAAUGGAUUUAGGUUUGGACCUAGUACCAAGCCGAAACCGAAGUCUCCGAUGGCUGUGUCCGAAGACGUACUCCAGGCAAAAUCGGAGGAAAAGAUCGAAACACGGGGAGCUUCCGAACUAAAAGAGCCGACUUCCGUUUUUAGCGAGAAAGCCCCAGAGUUUGUGCCACACUCGCAAAUGUCAACAAAAACGGAGACAAAUAUUUCAUCUACGAGCGGAAGCUCACCUCUACAAAGCGGUGGUGACGUAGCCGACGCAAAACAACGAAGCUCAGGAGAGCUGGCUACGACGACGCAUGCUACACCGAGUGAGAGUCAAGAAUUAUCGAUGAAAAAAGAAAAGCUUUUAGAGAAGAAACGACUACUGGCAGACGCUAAGAAACGAAAAAUCCAGGCAGAAGCGGAGGCAAGAAAGACCGACACUGACGGACUGCAACAGGUAGCAAAAAAGCCAAAGACCGAAGACACUGAGAAAGAAUCGAGACUGAUUGGAGCAGAAGUGGGAGACCGCACUCUGACGGCUGGUACAAUGAGCGAGCAAGAGACCAGUAAUUCAGCAGAAGUUUUGCUAGAAGCAGACAAAACCGAGUCGGAACUUGUUGAAGUUGAGAAUCUCGACAACGAAGAACCCUCGAAAAGCGAAAUAGCUGAAAAUGAGACCGAACCAGCAUUUAAGCCUUCAUGUUUUGGAAGCGGAUCGACUGCUACGACAAGCCCAUUUACGAAGAGCAAUCCUGCCACGCCUUUCGGCCGAUCGGACGCUUUUGGUCAAUCGGCAACCGUCCUACCCGGUGCCCCAACUACAUUCGGGGUCACGUCAUCCACCGUUCAGUCUUCAUCUGGUUUUGGGGAGGCAUUUUUGAGCCAAAUGAAGCCUCCAGGAGGUUCUGCUACACCGCCCAGCUUUUCCUUUGGAUCUUCCGAGAUUCCCGGCCAGCAAUUCCAGGCGUCAGCUUCUGUAUUCGGUUCUUUCGGCGGCAAAUCAACGCUUGGGAGUCUUGCCGGUAGCAAAGAACCGUCAAUGGCAGCUUUUCCAUUCGCUAGCCAACCAGCUGUACAAGAAAACAAGGAACAGAACGAUGACGCCAAGGAUGCGACCGAAUUAGAGCAAACGGAAGAGGACGUUCAUUGGGCUCGCCUGCCUGGCUCUCGAAAGCCCCAUUUCCAAAAGCCUCCAGACCUCGAAUAG